CCGGGAAACAGGGGGCGGGAGAUGUAAACAAUAUUUUUUCACUGGGCUCUCUGGACGUCUUGGAAGCGGCAAAAUGUCCGCUGGCAGCCGUGGCAAGAAGAAGCCCAGCAAAGCCGAACGGCUGAGGUUGCAGCGAGAGGAGGAGGAGAGGAGACUGUUCGAAGAAAUGGAGGCCCGCUUACGAGCCGAGCAAGAGGAAGCCGAAAGGAUCGAAAGGGAACGGAUCGAAAGAGAGAAGACAGAAUGCCUGGAGGCCAAAGAUCUCGAGCGCCGAGGACUUGAGGUGGCAGAACUUAGCAUAUUGGAAGAAAACUUCCUGGUCGCAUCCCAGUGGAAAGCUGAUUGUCGAGCCUCUGCUAAGUGGAGUCAUUAUAUGGCCUGCGACGGGAGCCCAGACGCAACUGAUCCCCGUGAAAUUAACACAUACAUGAGCCUGUGGCGAGAAGAUAAAAACAACGAUAUCCAAAUCGUGAUGGAGAAGGGAAAGAGAGUGCUGGAGUUAAUUCGGAAGUUACAAUUUUCCAUACUGGAUGCUCCUUACGAAGAGCUUACUCCAGAAGACGUGGCCCAAUACCAAGACACCAUUCAAAAACUGCAGGCUCUUCUUCACUGGAAAUAUGACCAAGCAACUGAACAACUGCUGAAGCAAGCCAGCAGUUACGCCGAAUCGGAGAGCGGGAACAUGGAGGCGGUCAUUAAAGACGCUAACGUCACCUUGUGCGUUUGGGCGAAUCUCAAGAAGAACCCGAGGAUCAGAGCCCAAACAUUUCGUGAUGAAGACCGGAAUCCGACAAACGGCUUUGAGCUCCCCAAACCGCUGACCAUCUGCGAUAUUGCGGUUCGCAUCUUCCACACCCAUUACGACCACUUAUCCCCCUUAGAGUCUUUUCCAAGGGAGCCCCCCAAACUGGACUUCCUGACGAGAUUUCCUCCCCUCGCUGGGCCCUCUGUUGUGAAGGAAGAGGCUGAUGAUUCCAAGAUGGCCGAAGAUAUGGUCACGGAAGUCAAAUACGGGCCGUCUACUCUCUCAGUAAAGUUACACACGAGUACCGUCUCCUUCAAAGAUAUCAAACCUAUGGUGGUGGAUGACAUCCCAGCAGAUGUCUAUGCGAGGAGAUCCACGAUUGUGCACUCUGUUUCCAGAGCUCAGCUGUCUGCAUUGUGUUUCCCUGAGAUGGAGGACGAGCCACCACCAGAGGAAGACAAUAUUGUGGAUUUGCACCAGUUCAUGCCCGUGGGAGGCGUGUACCACUUUGAUGCCUUGAAACUUCCGCCGCAAGCCAAGCAUGUUAAAGGGUGGACCAUGGUGGAGGUGCUGGAUACCGGUUUGGAAACCUAUCCCUACAGCGCAAUGUGUGAAGAAACCGAGGAUACCUCGCUCUUCGUUGUGGGGCUCACCGUCAACCUUCUGGAUAGCGUGAUUUUCUUCGAAGAGCCUCUGGUUGGAAGAUGGGACCCCAAAGGCAAAUACUGGCGAACAGACGGCAUCGGAGACGUGAGCUACAACAUGAAGGAGAAGGAGGUCUCAUUCAAGAUGAACGGCUUCAGCACCAUCACGCUGAUGCAGGACGCUCACCUCAACAUGCCUUACCAGUCAUGGGAGCUUCGGCCCAACGGUGCCGACCAAGCCAUCCUCGUGGUCCUCACCACCUUCGCCGAGGUGCAGAUUCAGGUCAAGCAAAACCAAUGCAUGCUGAUAUCGGUGAACACGAUGGAAGAGACGGAGCUCCUUUCCGACUUGAGAGGUGAAUGGAUGCCUCCACUGGCCCUCACCGUCGCUCUGAGGCGAGCUGGCAUGAACAUCUUCCCAGCCGAACAUUCGUCCAAGUACGUCAGCCUGAAUAAAAAAAGCCUGGAUGCAGAACUCACCUGCUACCAGCAGAUGGCGCUGGUCACAUCGGCGUUCGCCUUCGGCUGGAGCAAGUGGAACUGGAAGUGCGGAGAAGAUCAAGUUGUCUUCAAGGCCUGCGAAUGCUCGGAGCAGGAAGUCCCCGAGAACUGGGCCCUUUAUAUGUUCAACGGGCAGAGGGCCCAGAAGCUCAGGCUCACCGAGAGCAGCGACACCUUCUCCAAAGCCAUAGCGGAUGAGUCGGAAUUCCACUCCACGCUUUUCCACCUGUUGAAGGACACGGCCAGCGAAGCUGCGCUGGACAGAGUGCAAAGGGCGCACUACCUGUUCAUCGACUGCGUGUACCAGCUGCUGACGGCCACCAGGCUACUCAGCUACGCAUAAGACUCCAAUGACAUUAAUCUAAAAAAGCCCCCCCCCCCCCCCCGUUUUGUAAGAAGGUUAAACGCCAAGGGUGAUUUCGGACUCCAGACAGCUUCCUUGUUUUGUAAUAAAUACGCAAUUUAAUCAAAA